UUUUUUUUUGUCAAUAUUAAUUUAUUCUAGUUAAUUUUUGUAUUUUGGAUUAUUUGAAAUAAAUAUUUUAAUUUUUCCAAUUUUGUUGUGGUUUUUUUUGGUUUUACUUAUUUUUCCUUUAGUUUAAAUUUUUAAAAAAUUUGUUUACAUAUUUUAUUUACAGUAAAAAAAAACAACGCCUCUAAGCGUGUGUGAAUGCGCAGACAAUUUACUUUCCAUUCAGAGUAAUCAGGUUUUCAAUUUAUCUGUCAGUGAGAAAAAUGACGCAGUCUCGAGUUAUUGCAUUGGAACGCAUAACUUCCGAAACAACAUUUGAGAAUGCAAUCGCUGUUUUAAAUACUUUCCAAACGAGAAAAGGUGAUAAGAAAGAUGAUCUUAAUGGAGAUAUUACGAGCUACAGUAUUAAUAAAUUAGAGGAUACUAAGAAAUAUUUGUUACGAUCGGGAUUAACAAUGGACCAAGUGAGGAGCCUCCGCGUAAUUCACAUAGCCGGUACCAAAGGUAAAGGUUCAACUUGCGCAUUCACCGAAUCAAUUCUCCGUAAUCAUGGCUAUUCCACAGGUUUUUAUAGUUCACCACAUUUAAUCUCAGUUUGUGAACGAUUUCGUUUAAAUGGUGAGCCAAUAAGUGAAUCAAAAUUUUCACAUCAUUUUUGGAAAUUAUAUAAAAUUCUCUAUUCAACAAGACAAUACGAUAAUGAUAUGCCGCAAUAUUUUAAAUUUCUCACUAUUAUGAUGUUUCAUAUUUUUCUUGAUUAUAACAUUGAUGUUGCAAUAGUUGAAGUUGGAAUUGGUGGCGAGAAUGAUUGUACAAAUAUUAUUGAAAAUCCAAUAUGCACAGGUAUCACGAGUCUUGCUCUUGAUCAUAUAAAAAUUCUUGGCAAUAGUAUUGAUAAAAUUGCAUUUCAUAAAUCGGGAAUAUUUAAAAUAAAUGCGCCAGCAUUUACUGUACCGCAGACAAUUGAGGCAAUGAUUGUUUUAGAGAAACGUGCAUUGGAAAAAAAUUGUACACUCAAAAUUGUUCCAAAUUUAGAAAAUUAUUCAUGGUCAACAAUUCCCACAUUGGGAAUUCCAGCUGAGAUACAAAAAUAUAAUGCAUCAUUGGCAAUUCAACUUUCUCUUGCAUUCAUUAAUUCUGUAGAGAAAAUAAAUCAACAAAUUAAUUACAAUAAAAUUACAAAUAAUAAUGAUUUAUCAUUAAAAAUAUUUUCAUUGGAUAAAACAAAAUUGGCAAUUUCCUCAUGUAAAUGGCCGGGAAGAACGCAAAUUUUAAGAGGUGAAAAAAUUGAUUUUUUCGUUGAUGGCGCACAUACAUUGGAAAGUAUUAAUUGUUGCGCUGCCUGGUUUAAAGAUUGUAUUAAAAAUGAAUCGGGCAAAAGAUAUUUAAUUUUUAAUACAACUGGACAUAGAGAUUCGGAAAUAUUAAUGAGACCAUUGAAGAAAUUAGAAUUUUCAAAAGCAUUUUUCUCCCCUAAUAUUUCGGGAAUAAAUAAUAUUAGUGAACAAGAUUGUCGACAUGUACACGAUGAAAUUAUUAAAAAAUGUCAAAAUAAUUGCAAUUUUUGGGGUGAUGGUGGAAUUUACGUUGAUAAUGUUAAUCAGGCAAUUAAUGAAAUUUUUAAUUUAGAAAAUUUUCAACAAAAUAAAAUAAAACCCAAAAUUCUUGUCACUGGUUCACUUCAUUUAGUUGGAGCUGUACUUUCAAUUAUUGAUUAUAAUCUCACAAUGAUUAGUAAAUUUUAAAAAUAAAAAAAAAAAAAAUGUAUUAUAAAAAAGAAAAAUGUUUGAGAUUUGCGUGUGACUAAAAAAUAUGUUUAAAUAUAAUAUAUUUUUGUAAAUAGAAAAAAAAAAUGGAAAAAAUAAUAAAGUUUGUCUUACAGUGAAAUUCA